AUGGGCAGAAAACGCAAGAGGCCCGGCGCCUCAACCCAACUCCCCCAACCCAUAUCUCCAGUCAAAGACCCUUGCCAUCCCGUCAUCUCCCUGUACUACCCGGAGGUCGUGACACUGCGCCAGUACCUGCUUCGGCGCCUUCCCGUCUCGUCCAAGUCGCGUCGUCGCCGGAUCGUGUCGCUCGCGUCGCAAGAUGCGCCGGGCCUGGCACAUCUGCUCGACUCCACGUUGGUCGGAGUGCGUCAGGAGUCGUCUCCCACUCUCGAUUCGGCUCGGGUGCAGGACUAUCUGGCAUUCUCCCAGUCGCAGUCGCGGUCCAUUCUCGUGAGCACCGACACGGGGCCCACCUGUCCCCAAUCAGAGGUCGUCGAUUUUGUGGUCUGGAGAAUCUUUCAACGAAAUGUGACCGAGAAGCCACAACAUCUGCUCGCGCAGGGGUUCCAACGGUCGGGCCCUGGCGCAAAUGUGCUGCAGUCCGACAUCCCCGGCCUGUCGGUUCAAUUCCCGAACCAAAAUGUUCAGACCCUCAAGCAAGCACCGUGGACGGAUGCCCUGGGUCUGCUAGGCGAAAACGGAGAGGAGACCAUGAUGCAGUUGUUGUUCGACUGUGGCGUUUUCACAUGUGUAGACAACCGCAAAGGCAUCUUCUACCAGCUCAGUGGAAUGCCAUUGUCGAAGCUGGAGCCUGUGGCCGGUUCGCGACCCAGUGAAGCUGUCUCUACUGGAAAGGAACAGGCCCAUGGUUGCAAGCAGAACCCCAGUACAGAAAAGGGACGACAAAAGCACGAAGCUCGUCAAGGCCGUGGUUUGAACAGCAUUACCUUCCUUCGGCGGCGCAUGCUGUACGCCCGCCUUACCGGUAAGUCCGACAGCAAGUCUCAUCUAGGACUCGGAAGCGCUCACGUUCUCAAUCGCUGCACGUCCCGGAACUCGGCCGAACAAUCAGCACAUAUCAUGAAGUACAUUUUUCCAAGACAAUUCGGCCUGCAGAACAUCUUCACAUGCGAGAACAUCGAGUACUCUAAAAACUACAUGGACCGUGAAGAUGAAAUAUCAGAACUCGAGGCACGAAAACAAACGCGCAAGCCCCAGCUCAAGUCUCCUCUCACGGUCAACGAAGACUGUGAUUCCCCAAAGCUACCCAAGAGGCUUCGUGGGACAGCCGGCGAACUUGUUCAAAGGCUGCGAAAUCGCCACGCAAGAUGCUCCUAUGGAGAGUUGCUCAAACACUAUUGCCCUCCUGAUGCAACUGGACCAGGUAGGCUCGGCCCAGCUUCGCAGACACAAUCUACAAGCGCCGCCGAUGAUCCUAUAUCCUCUACUGGCAACAAGCCGGUAAGCCAGGUGAAGAUGAACCCGCCACAUCAGGACGGCGAAGAAUACCCAGCUGCCUCUCAGGAGUCUACGACCGGAUAUCAACAAAUGAUCCAAAAGCCCAAAACCAGAAUGAUGGACUAUGCCACCCCCGUCUCAUCCGUCUCGGCUUUUUGUCGAGCCGUUAUCCAGAAACUCAUUCCUCCUACAUUCUACGGGGUUGGUGCAGACGGUCUCGCAAAUCGGAGAAUUGUGCUCAAGCAUAUCGACCAGUUUAUCAAGAUGCGUCGAUUCGAGAGCCUCAGCCUGCAUGAAGUAUGCAAAGGCAUGAAGGUUGGUUUGCCACACUUAUUGUUCAUCAGAGACACUGACGCCAUCCGUUCAGAUAACCAGCAUACCGUGGCUGGAACCCCCCGACUUCAGGAUACCAAGCACAACAUUGCACUGUCUGACUUCCAGAAACGAAUGGAGAUUUUUCAUGAAUUCGUGUAUUACAUAUUUGACUCCAUUCUCAUCCCCCUCAUCCGCACCAACUUCUAUGUCACCGAGUCACAGACUCAUCGCAAUCGUCUCUUCUACUUCCGCCAGGACGUUUGGCAGCAGCUGACGGAGCAACCCUUUGCCGAACUGAAGGCUUCUAUGUUUGAAGAAUUGCCUAUAGAGCGAGCGAAUGCCGUGGUGGCACAGAGCUCUUUGGGCUUCGGCGCUCUGCGUUUGUUGCCCAAGGCAACAGGCCUCCGGCCCAUUUUGAAUCUGCGCAAACGGUGCCUGAAGCCAACGGGCUGGGGUGGAAAACGGGCUUACUAUGCUCCCAGCAUUAAUUCGAGCAUCACUCCCAUCUACAACAUGCUGACCUAUGAGAGGCAGCGAGCUCCGUCAAAGAUGGGCUCCUCGUUGCACUCCAUCGGGGAUAUGUACCAUCGCCUUUGGAAUUUCAAGAGACAACUUGCACAACGCCAAUCAAGUCAAGGCAAAGGUGCUCAAUCGGAAAUUCCUCCACUCUUUUUUGUCAAACUGGACAUCCAGGCUUGCUUCGAUACCAUCCCCCAGAAAAAGCUGGUUCAUCUGAUCGAGACUCUGGUCUCUGAAAAAUCCUACCACAUCACAAGAUACGUCGAGGUACGGCCAUCUGAUCUUCCUACAAACAAAUGGAAGACCUCAAGGAAAUAUGCGGGCCGCGCUGCGCCUGCCAUGCAACCGCAGAGUCUGCCGGACCUGAUCACCAGUGGUGUUCAGGGACGAUCGGAAAACGCCGUCUUUGUCGACACGGUGAACCAAAAGGCGCAUGGUGCGGAAGACUUGCUGGAUCUUCUGGAUGAGCAUGUUCGGAAUAACCUGGUGAAGAUGGGCAACAAGUACUUUCGUCAGCGCAACGGUAUCCCACAGGGGUCAGUACUGUCCAGUCUGCUUUGCAACUUCUUCUACGCCGAAUUCGAACGAAAGGUGUUGGGCUUCCUGCGACACGAGGAUGCCCUGCUCCUUCGCCUAAUAGAUGAUUUUCUUCUCAUCACCCCAGAUACAGGCCUGGCCAUGCGGUUUGCGCAAGUCAUGAUCCCGGGUCAGCCCUCCUACGGCGUCUCCGUCAACGCAGCCAAGAGCUUGGUCAACUUCACCGCCGCCGUCAACGGCAUACAUAUUCCCCGGCUGGAAGGGUCGUCACUCUUCCCAUACUGCGGGUGCCUCAUUGACACACACACGCUGGAGAUCCAUCGCGACCACGAUCGCAUGCUAGAGCCCGGCGAUUCAGCCGCCGCCACGAUUUCUAACACCCUCACCGUUGAGGCGGCGCGGCUCCCCGGUCAUGCCUUCCGCCGCAAAGUGCUAUCUGCAUAUCGCCUCCAAAUGCACCCAAUGUAUCUUGAUGACAUCCACAACUCGCGCACCGUCGUGCUCGUCAAUCUCUAUACCAGCCUCGUCGCCUCAGCCAUGAAGACCUACAGCCACAUGAAAUCACUCCGCGGGCGCGCACACCCCAGCGCCCCCGUCAUCAUCCGCACCAUCCACGACCUCGUUCUACAAACCGCCCGUAUGAUCCAAGCGCGCAGCGCUGCGACCAACCCCUCUUCUUCUUCGGUUCCGUUCUCGUGCUUCGUGGCGCGCCGGCACAUUCAGUAUCUCACGGCUGCCGCCUUCCGGUUUGUGCUGGUCCGCAAGCAAACGCGGUACGCGACCGUGCUGCGGUGGCUGGAUCAGCUUGCGAUACAGGCACGCCCGACCUCGGAUGCAGAGGCUCUGCGGAUGGCGCAGGCGGUGCGAAAGGGGAAUGCCGUUUUUGAUGAAUGGCGGUUUUAA